UUCAGUCUAAACUUAGGUUGGUGAUCUUAAUGUACGACAAGGAGUGUGCAGCUUGAGGAGGUCAGUGAGGUAACUGGGCGCAAUAUUAUUCAGGAUUUUAAAAGUGAGUAGCAAAACUUUAAACUCAAUGCGAUAUUUGAUUGGUAACCAGUGUAGAUCAACAAGAGCCGGAGUGAUAGGAGCAAAUUUUCUAGCUCCAGUAAGAAGGCGAGCUGCAGCAUUUUGAACGAGCUGCAGCUUUCAAAUAGAGAUGGAUUGGAGACCACAGUAGAGAGAAUUGCAAUAGUCUAACCUGGACGUCACAAAAGAGUGGAUAAGAAAUGUUGUAUUUUUCAAAUAUGGAGCCCAAGGGUUCUCAAAGUGAGAAAAGGUGGACAUGCACCCUAAAACCAGAACAGGAUUCAACACACGAGAGUGUGAAGCCUUCAGUAAUAAAACUUUUCCACUAAAAUGAUUAAGAAAUUGCUCACAGAGAGCCUGAGAGGCCGAGCUCGACGAUCCAGGACAGGCAUUUAUCACGGAGUUAAACAUUUUGAAUAACAUUCGGGGGUUGUGGCUGUUAGUAUCAGUAAUAUCUGACAGGAAAGCUGCUUGAGCUGCCUGAACAGAGUUCUGGUCUAGAGAGCGGCUCCUACAAAGGAUGUCGUAGGACAUCUGAAGCCUACCUUUCUUCCACCUCCUUUCAGAUCGACGGCAGACACAUCGUAAGGCUCGUAUAGUGUCAUUUAGCCCAGGUUGAGUAGUUUCAUGUGUGUCUUUAGAUGCUGAAUAUGACUUCUGCUCCUCGUCAGGCUCUCCGUAUAGAGACGAGAUCACUCUGGGAAUACUGCAGCUGCAGGAGAGCAACAGGCUGGAGAUCCUGAAGAGACGCUGGUGGGAGGGAGGACAGUGCCCCAAAGAGGAGGACCACAGGGCCAAAGGUCAGUGUCAUCGUAACGUGAUCAUUUAACGUAAAAACAUCAUUUCCUGUUUCUGUUUGAUGGAAAGAUUCCUGCCUAGGACACAACCGUGCUCCUCGCUCAUGUCAGUGAAGCCUUACCACGAUGACACGUAAACAGGAAGUUUUUAUCGGGCGUCUCCUUUCCUGUGCCGCCUGUCUUUUCCUCAUUGAUAUAACAAAAUAACAAAUGACUUUGUCCUCCGCCUUCGCUGUUAUUGUGUAUUUGUCUCCUCCUUCUGAGGCGUCUCACGCCAACAACUCCACAUUUUAUGCCAUCAAACAGGUUAAAUGGCAUAAAAUAUCAGUUGUUUUAAGCCUGGCCUGUUGUUGCUGAUGGAGAGCACGCUGUGUUUGGAAACAGUCCUCAGGCUGGUGUAGGUGAAUCGAUCUGUGAUGUGUCGCUGCGUUUCAGGGCUCGGCAUGGAGAAUAUCGGCGGGAUCUUCGUGGUUCUGAUUUGCGGCCUCAUCAUUGCCGUCUUCGUGGCCAUCAUGGAGUUUGUGUGGUCGACACGCCGCACCGCCGAGACGGACGAGGUUUCCGUCUGUCAGGAGAUGCUGACGGAGUUCCGUAAUGCCGUAUCCUGUAAGAAGAAUUCUAGAUCCCGUCGUCGCAGACCCCUGACCAGCACUGGGGGCGGAGUCCUACGUCACCCAUCCCGCCUGACUCUGGCCGGUCCCCGCCCCAUCCGCCUGAUUCGAGAGAUGCGUCUCAGCAACGGGAAACUGUACAGUGGCGCCGGCCCAAUGACGGGCGGGUUGGCAGGGGUCGGGAUGGGAGGAUGCCCCGAUCUGGGCCCGGGGCCACAGAGGCUCCUGGAGGACCCGCUGGGCACCAAAACCUCUAGCACCACCCCCCCUCCUGCGUCAGCCCUAGUGGCUCCGCCCGCCCCCCCGCGCAGCUUCCUGCAGGCCUGCAGUCACGUACGCAUCUGCCAGGAGUGCCGGCGGAUCCAGAGCCUGCGACCGGUCGCGCUUACCCCACCCCCUCCCCCUCCGCCCUCCUCGUCCUCCUCCGCCUCCUCCUGCUCCCGGGUCCCGCCCUCAGUGGCGAUGACAGGCCUUCACCCCCGUCACAGCGCUCACCAUCAUCUCCAUUAUCACCACGGCUCCAUGUCGCUGCCCCGCCUUCCGCCACCCCCUCCCCCGAUGCCGACGGACAGAGCUGACAGCGACGGGGGCGUGGCGAGCCCGCAGCGGUACAAAAACAAACCUGUGCCCCCGCCCCGGCCGCUGCCCCCCAACAAGACCCCGACACACCCACCGACAGACUUACUCAGCGGACACGACUGAGCCUAAGGAUGCUGUCUGUGGGGUCAAAGGUCACAAACACAUUGACCCCAAAGCUGUACUGGUCUAAACUGGCUCUUCAGCAGGGGUCAAAGGAGGAAACCAUUCUGACCCCUUUGUGGGGGUCAUCCAUUAAAGCAAAGACACGUCAGUGGACUGCACCAAACCUUUACGGGGGUGGGCGGAUUGACCCGCUCUGAGGAUGGAGGACUCCUCACGGACUUUUUACCCUUUUGGAUUAAAGCAGACAAACAGGAAGUGACUGUCUGAGGCCGACCCACCCUCAGCCAAUCGUCUCGCUCCAUGCCGAGCAACGAGGACUCAGACAGACUGAGGUUUGAUACUGAUCCAGGUGUUUGUAUAGACGAAACGCUACAGAUACACACACUCACACAAAGUGGAGAAGAAGAAAAACUAAGUCUGUGAUUGUAUUUCCUGUCCUGUUGUCCAAUCAGAGGAGCUUCUCCUCCUCCUCGUCCUGAUCCUGAAGCUGAUGUCACAGCGAUCUGAUCGCCGAGUUGUCUCAUUUCUAAAGGUCACCUGUCAGCUGCCGGCGGCGCUGAGCUCCAUCGCUGAAUAAUUUGGACCUGCUGUACAAAAAAACAACCUGUUGACUUUUUCCCUUUUUUACUAUGAAAUGAACGAACAGCUGCUGCAGUUGUUACACACAUCUGUAUUUGUUUUAUCAUUUAAUCAUUUUAUUUGUAUUUUAUAACAUCAUUUUUAUAUUUAU